AUGGACAGCACCAAGAAUAAAUUGAACACUAUGAGUGGAGAAGAUUGUGUGGAAAUUGUUCCUGUAGACCAACCGCCAUCUUGUACAAAUUCUACUGCAGACAAUGUCUCAAAACUUUCAAGAAGGGCAUUCAAAAGGCUAAAACGACAAGAAAAUAAACUAAAAGCCAAACUAGCAAAUGAUGGUGUCAAUAAUUUUGAAAGAGUUCAUGUUGAAAAUAAAAGAGACAAAGCUAAAGAGAUGAUGGAGAGAAAGAAAAAGGUGCAUCCGUACUAUUAUGACUUCACUGCCAAUGCAAAGGGCAGAUGGUUUGGCAGAAAGCUCGUGGAUGUCUUUGUAGAGGAAUUUCAAAAUUACUCAUAUGAUAAAUGUAAAUUUUUCAUUGAGAGAGAGAGCCUUAGAGUUGAAGGCAAAAAAAUUGAUGUUGAUUACGUCAUUCAGAAUGGUGAUGUCAUCGUCAACAGAGUUCAUAGACACGAACUACCAAUCACGGACAAGAGAAUUGACUUAAUUUCGAAUACUGAAGAUCUAUUGGUCGUUGAUAAACCGGCCUCGAUUCCUAUCCACCCCUGCGGAAGGUAUAGGCAUAAUUCUUUGCUCUAUAUACUGGCCAAAGAAUAUGGAUUUAGAAAUUUAAGAGUUCUAUACAGAAUAGACAGGCUGACGUCCGGAUUGGUAAUCCUGGCAAAGACGGAGCAAAAAACGCGUGAGAUUAUGGAGCAGAUUAAAAAUAGACUCAUGGAGAAAGUUUAUCUAUGCAAAGUUGAGGGGGAAUUUCCAAGUGAAACCACAGAAUGCAGCAAACCAAUCAGCGUCCUCUCGGAGAAAUUAGGCGUUUACUUCGUAAGUGAAGCUGGCAAAGAAUCACUAACUGUUUUUAGACGUCUGUUCACAGAUGGCAGGACGAGCAUUGUGAGGUGCGAACCGAAGACAGGGAGGACUCAUCAGAUUAGAGUUCAUCUACAAUAUUUAGGAUAUCCCAUCAUAAAUGAUCCCAUUUACAAUGGGACUGUCUGGGGGCCUGGGAAAGGCAAGCAUGGGAAUUUCGGAAAAACCCAGGAACAACUGAUAUCCGACCUGUCUGGCCUACAUAAAGCAUCCCUCUAUAUCGCAACUAAUGAGGAAAAUAAGAAUAAUAAUAAAAACAACAACAAUAAUAAUAUCAAUAAUAAAAAUAAUAAUGAUGAUGACGUCGUAGGUGACAACUACAAAGACAUUAGAAACAACGAAACCAUCAUUACUACUAAUGCCCGUGUCAGUAUCAAAAAUGAUACAACCACGACAAAUACCAGCAGUAGUAGUAUCAUAAAUGAUACAACAACAAAUAGCAGUAGCUUUAGUAGUAGUAAUGUUAAUGUCAACAACAACGAUUCUGAUGAUGUCUUUCCGGAGAGCAAAAAACGAAAAAUUGAAGAAAGGAACGUCUUCAUCAGAAAAAGUCAUGACAUUAACAUGGAUAACCAUAGCGUCGGUAACGACUUAAUGACUAACGUCAACAAUAAUAACAUUAACAAUAAUCAUAACAUCAACUGCAUUGAAGAGUACCAGAAUUACCACAACAACAACAGCGGUGAUAACAAUAACAAAGACAUUACAUUGAAAAGCAUUAUCCAUAAGGCCACUGCUGAUCAUUACGACGAAACGUGCACUGAAUGCUCUGUCACCAACUUAGACCCAAUACCUGAUCAACUCUACAUAUGUUUGCACGCCCUCUCGUACAGAGGGCCCGACUGGAGGUACGCCACCCAACUGCCGAACUGGGCCACCCAUUUAAAUAUCGAUGACGUCAUGAACGAUUAA